UGCGGCGUGCGCCGGGCGCGAGUCCCGGGACGGCGGGGAUGGCGGCGCCCCCGUCCGGGGGGGCGGCUCGGUUCUCUUGUCCCCCCAACUUCACCGCGACGCCCCCAGCCUCGGAGCCCCCUCGUUUCUCCCUGGAGACGCUGGCCGGCCCGGACGCGGAGCUGUGGCUCAUCCAGGCCCCGGCAGACUUCGUUCCCCACAGCCUUGAUGGACGGCGGGUGCCUCUCUCAGGCUCCCGGAUUGUAAAGGGCAAGUUGGGGGGCCAGCGGCACCGCUAUCAUGUCCUCAGCAGCAGUGACUCCCCAGCAGCGACCCUGCUUGCUCCCUGCAUAGCAACAGGAGGUGAACUCACCUGUGCUCCUGCCCCCCAUGGCAGCCUCAGGAUCAUCGAGAGUCACCAAGAAUCCUUGCCAGGAACUCCUGUGCAGCCUAUUCUUGCGAGCCCCCCACCACAAAUCCCCCCUGGCCUGAGACCUCGGUUCUGUGCUUUUGGAGGUAACCCCCCAGUCACUGGGCCUGGUUCAGCUUUGACACCCAAGUCACCUACUUUGGAGAAGAAGAGGAAGAAGAGGAGGCAGAUGGCAGAGGCUGCUGCUACUCUAGAGGCUGUGAAUGGCCAUGGGACCCUAGAGGUGGGCAUGGCCGGGUCGGCCCUAGAAACAGAUGUAGGGAGGAAGAAGAAGAAGAAAAAGCAACAGCCAGAGAUGAUGGAGCCUGCAGUGGAGGUGCUGGAGCAUAAAGUGAAGGUGCUAGUGUCAGAAAUGGAGGUGCCAGGGCUGCCAGGAGGGCUGGGCCCACGCACCACCAAGAAGAGGCCCCCAGAGGCAGAAAUGGCAGAGCCAGAAGAAAAGCUGUCAGAUUUGAAAUUUGUUAAAACUGAGCCUCCCCAAGAGGCAGCCCUGCCCCCCACCAAGAAGAGAAAGAGGCCCAAGGGGACCCCAGGGAUGGAGGGGGCAGUGGCUCUGGUUGAUUCUCAGCCACUGAAAGUGGAGGCACAGGAGGAAGCCAUCCUGUCUCCCCCAAGAAAGAAGACCAAGAAAGGAAAGAGGCAGACUGCCAUGAUGGAGCCAGAGACUGAGGGAACUGAGCCAGAGGUGGCGCCUUUGGGGCUCCCUGGAUUCCCAGAGGAAGUGGAACUAGAGGCUGGGACAACUCUGGUGUCCCCCAAGAAAAAGAAGAAAGAAAAACCACAAAAUGUGACAGUGGAGGCUGGUGAUCCUGAGCCCCAGGCAGCUGUAGCCCCCCUCAAGAAAAAGAAGAAGAAGGACAGAGAGCACAAAGCGACUGACAGGACUGUCUAAUGUCCAGUCUGCCACCGGUGAGCGCGGGCCUGAGGCAGGGCAGCUCCACGAUCCACUGAGAAAGAAGGGAAGUGAGGUACUGGCUUCAAAGACAGCACCCCAGGAGACCUCAGGGGAAGCCACGGAACGCCAGCCAGCACCUAGAAAAUGCUUUAUUAUGACCUUGGGUCGCCAGCAGCCACAGUCAUGGGGGUACUUUCAGGAAGGGCUCGUGAAGAACGUCAAAGAGCCUCCGCGCCUGGGACAGGGAGAAAUGAACCCAGCAUUAAAGAAGCCAUUUGUUUACUGCA